AAACCCUCAACUUGCAUAUUUCUUUUUCUUUUUUUUUUUCCAUUGAUAAAACGCACGACAAUGUUUUCGUUUUUCUCGCUGAGAAAAAGAUAAAAAAGAAAAAGGCCUAUGUUCUUCUAUUUAUAGAUGCCAUCCAUCACAUUAACAGGUUCUAAGGAAACAUAACCCUUUUAGCAACUAGAGCUUCAGAGAGAAACAAGAAACAGAGCUCGAAGAGCUUCUCUGUUUCCUCUGUUUUUUCAUUCUGUUUUCCAUGUACAUAAACACUAUGCUCUUGAUGUCAUCUCUUUCUUCUCUCUUCAGAGAAAGUGCUACUCUAACUGUGGUACAAAACCAAUUCUUUGUUGAGUAGAAUUCCGAAAUCUUUUCAACUCUAUACCCAGAAUUGCCUUACACUUACACUGCCAUAUUUAGAUGGAUUCCUUUCAAAUCAACAACAUUAAAGUUGGGAAAGCAAAUGGGGUUGCGAAGAAGCCGCAGUUUCGAAAGAUGGCGAGCUUGUUCAGGGUCGUCGAGAUUUGUGUUCUUUUGGUGGUGGUGGCAAGGAUUUUAGCUCAUCUCCCUCUUGCUGUCAAGAGCUCUAGUGAGCAUUUCAAGGACUUAACAGUUGUCCUUGUUAGUCCUCGCUUUGUUUUCAUAAUUGGAAACUUGAUAGUUUUCAUUCUUUUUGCAAAGUCAGGACAGUUUUCAGCUCAAGAUUCCACUGGAAAGAAUCCACAGAAGGAUUGCUUUGAAGAGUUUUGGGAGAAAGGUGAAAAGAUUCAGAACACUUAUUGGUACGAGCUCAAGAACAGAAAAAAACAGAGCAUUUGUGAAGAGAAUGCAGUUAAUGAAGGCACACAUACUUCUUGCAAAAGCAUUAGUUACAGGAGAAGCCAAUCAGAAAAGUUGAGUAAAUCCUGCCAGGAACUGAGGCGAUCAGACACAGAGAAUUGCAGGAAAAGUACUAAUUCUGGGAACAGAUCGGCCAAAAAUUCACACUCAGAAGAUAAUAUGAGCAAUGAAGAGUUCCGGCGCACGAUCGAAGCUUUCAUUGCAAGACAGCAGAGGUUUCGCAUGGAAGAAGAGUACUCUAUGAUUUGAAGAUUACAUAAAUAUUACCAUAAACAAAUCUUUUUUCCUUUUUUUUUUUUAAAAAAAAACUUUUCUGGUUCUUUUCUGUUACAUAGAACCGUGUCUGUACAUGGUUAUGUCAUAUAUGUAAUGGAAAAUCUGUAGUUAAACAAAGUCUCCUUCUUGUUGUUAA